UUCUAUUCUUCCCCGUCCGAGCUGGGGAGGCAAAAGCUCCGUCCGAGACCAUCCCAAGUGCGCGCGGUGCGCCUUUGCCCACCACCUCCAUCCUCCCGCCGCCGCCGCCGCCCGAAAGAUGGGGAAAAGGGGAGAUCGCACCGAACCCGCUUCCCGCAGCCCAGCCUGCAAAGCCGAGUCCGUGUUUUAAAUCGAUUUGCUCGGCCCCUUUCGUUCCCCCGCUCCCCGGAGAAACCCAGGCACCGCUCUGCUUUCCUCGCCAACAAAGAUGCAGCUCUGAUAAAUGAUCAAGCUGUCCACUAGUCAAUUGGUGGCGCAAUGGUCCCCCUGUGUUGUUGCUGCCCACCGGCAUCUACACAAGUCGUGGUGGCCAUGACAGGCCCUGCCGUCCCUUCCUACCAUUUCAAGAGUUUCUGUGGAGAGUUUGAGCGGGUGGAAAGUGCCUUGGAACGCUUGGAGGCCAGUGGCUUCUACUGGGGCAGCCUGUCAGGAGCUGAAGCCAAGAGGCUCUUGACCUCCCAGCCUCCUGGGGUCUUCUUGGUGAGAGAUUCCUCCGACCAUCAUCACCUCUUCACCUUGAGUGUCCGCACCAGGACAGGCAUCACCAACCUGCGUAUUCAGCAGCAGGACUCAGCUUUCCACCUGGAGGCCUUGCCAGGAGCUGGCCACCCCCCAGCCUUCAGUUGCAUGGUCCAGUUAGUUGAGUAUUAUCUCUGCUUGGGGGCUGUGGAAGGGGGUCCCUGCUAUUUGGAGAGCGAGGGUCAGCCUCCGGUGCCUCUGGCCCUCUCACAGCCGCUUCGUUGCAAGGUGCCCACUUUGCAGGAGCUGUGUCAGCGGGCUGUACGAGGCAGCGUGCGGGGCAGAGGUGACACCAGAGCUCAGCUGCAGAGGCUGCCAGUCCCCCAGGCAUUGUUGAACUCAAUCUGCAGCUAAAGGGAAGCACCAGUUUUCAGACCUUUUAAUGAAUGCAGAUUUGGGGCCUUCCUUGUUAGAAUGGAUGAGCAGAGCUGGUUAUAGUGUACUGCUGAUGCACCACUAUUUUCUUGGAAUAAACCAACCAUUUCAUUGUGGAGCUAUUUAUAAUGAGCCUUCCAGAAGCUACUGAAAAUUAUCUGAAAAAAGGGAUUGGCAGAGUAGGUUAGUCAACGAUAUAGAUGCAUAUCCUAUGUAAUCCCCUUCCCCAUUUUUGCAAGCUAGCCACUUCCACAUUUCAAAUGCUUCUUGUGCACAGGUAGUAUAGCAGAAAAUUCUCUCUAUCCAUAGCAGAGCUGCUCUAAGCACCUCCCAGCUGUUCUCAUCUUUAGUUGAAAGUUGUUGAAAGGUGCACAAGUUUGUGUGAGUCUUGUGACAAAUAUCUCUGCUAACUGUACAAGGGACACAUGUAAAGUCUGCAGCAGCACUGCCCAGUAGCAAAGGACAGAAUUAGUGUUUAGCUGCAACUAUUGUGCAUCUUUCUCUACAAACUCUCAGGCGGACAAGAAGAUUGUACACCCAAUAACAAGGAUGCUUGAAUUGGCAACCUUCUCUGGUUUCUUUCUUUAGAAUAUAGAUAACCCCAAGGCCAGCCUGAAGGCAGAUUUUGAGCAAUAAGCCACUCUGCACCAAAUCCACAGCAGUCCUAUCCUCCAUUUCCACUUUGACCCCUAUGUGAUCCUGACCUCUCUCCUCCCCCCACUUCCAGUCACUGCCUUUAGUAAGGGUCAUUACUGUAACUUGACAGCUUUUAAGAAUGCUGACUCAGAAACCAGUUACAAGAAAGGAAAAAAAGUUCAGUGACUUGAGUGUUUUUAUAGGCAGCCAGCAGAUAUACCACUCAAGGGUGAGGAAGAUACCAGUCUCUGAAGAAACAGACUUCAUAGUAAAGGAACAGAAGAAAAACAAAAUUCCAAACCUUGCAGUACAAAGAUGAGAAAAUGUGAUUGCAGAUGGCAAUUUUGUGCACUUUGUGCAAAACUUUCACUAAGGUAGCAGUUAAAUCAUACUCCACUCUUAAGAACUAUUCAAUUUUUAAUCCUAAAUUUAAUGUUUUUAAGCAACCUAAAAACUCCUUCUCUCAAAUAAACCUUGAUCUUCUG